CCGGUGUUUCUAACCGUACCUGUUUCCGUCGUUCCUUCCUUCCUAACCUAUCUGUGUACCGUGAUCCAUCUGCCUGUCUAUUAAGCACGGUUCUGAUCAGAUUAAGUGAUUGAAAUCUACAACAGCUUUUUGCACAAGAGAGGUAAUUUAUUAAUUGACCAAAAUGGCAACGCGAGGGCAAUCGAGGAGGAUACCGGAGGCGGAGUCCCGGAUAGAUUACGUUCAGACCGACGGUUUGGCAGUGAUGAAAAUGGUGAAACACUGUCAUGAAGAAUCCACGAGUAACAUGGAAGUUGCUCAGGGUGCUCUGCUUGGUCUGGUUGUCAACAAUCGGCUGGAAAUCACCAACUGCUUUCCGUUUCCCAAGAACGACGAAACCAUGGAUGAAGAGGAGUACCAACUUGCCAUGAUGCGCAGGCUGCGUAGAGUGAACGUUGAUCACUUUCACGUUGGUUGGUACCAGAGCGCUGAUGUUGGAAACUUUCUGAGCCAUCCCCUGUUGGAAUCGCAGUUUCACUAUCAGACAUCCAUCGAAGAGUCAGUAGUGGUUAUUUACGAUACGGCCAAGUCUGCCAGGGGCUUUUUGACCCUAAAGGCCUAUCGCUUGACUCCACAAGCGAUCCAAAUGUACAAGGAAGGAGAAUUUACGCCUGAUGCGCUGCGUACGUUAAAAAUUGGCUAUGAAUCUCUAUUCGUCGAAGUGCCGAUUGUCAUAAAGAACAGCCAUCUUACGAACAUCAUGAUGUCUGAACUGGAGGAAAUGAUUCCCGAAGAAGAAGGAACCAAGUAUCUUGACCUCGGUACCGCGACAGUUUUGGAAAACCAGUUGAGGUGCUUGAUGGACAGAGUAGACGAGCUAAACCAAGAAGCUAUUAAGUUCAACCGUCAUCAGCAUCUGGUUAUUCGUCAGCAACAAGACAAGAAUCGUUUGAUGCAAAAGCGAGCACAGGAGAACGCAGCCAGGGCUGCUAAGGACGAGCCACCUCUACCCGAUGACGAUAUCAACAAGCUGCUCAGGCCAUUGCCUGUUCCCCCUAGGCUGAACCCCAUGAUCGUCGCUGGGCAGAUAAACACCUACAGCCAGCACAUAUCGCAGUUCUGUUCUCAAAGUUUGGCAAAGUUGUACAUCACCCAGAGUCUACAGAAUGCCAAGGAAUCCAAGUCUACCAAUUAAUCUGUAUUUUAAUGUGCAGAGACUCGUUGUAUUCCAAUUGAAAACAAUAAAACUGUUUUCCUUUCAAAA